CAUUAAAGUGCCUUUUAAAUUUGUGGAAAUAACAUUCAAAAAUGUCUCGUGUCCUUGUUGGAGUAAAGCGUGUGGUCGACUAUGCCGUAAAGGUACGUGUUAAGCCUGACAAAACUGGUGUGGUCACCGAGGGAGUGAAACACUCAAUGAACCCUUUCGAUGAAAUCGCUGUAGAAGAGGCUAUUAAACUAAAAGAAAAGAAGAUCGCCUCAGAAAUCAUCGCUGUUUCAGUGGGUCCAACACAAUCUCAGGAAGUGAUACGUACUGCUUUAGCAAUGGGCGCUGAUCGUGGAGUACAUGUUGAGGUUUCGGGCAAGGACUACGAUUUAUUGCAACCAAUUCAUGUUUCUAAGAUUUUGGCUAAGUUGGCCUUAGACGAGAAAGCGGACUUGAUAAUCGUGGGUAAACAAGCCAUUGACGAUGACAGCAAUCAGACAGCACAAAUGACCGCUGCCGUUCUCGAUUGGCCUCAGGGUACUUUUUGCAACAAAAUCGAAAAAACCGAUGCUGGCUUGAACAUUACACGCGAAAUCGAUGGUGGUUUGGAAACAAUAAAGACAAAGAUUCCAGCUGUAUUGAGCGCUGAUUUACGUCUAAAUACACCACGCUAUGCAACAUUGCCAAACAUAAUGAAAGCCAAAAAGAAGCCAUUAAAGAAAGUUACACCAAAGGAUUUGGGUGUUGAUACCACACCGCGCAUUGAAGUUGUCUCCGUUGAGGAGCCACCUGUGCGCCAAGCUGGUGCUUUGGUGCCAGAUGUGGAUGCCCUUGUUGGUAAAUUGAAGGAAGGUGGACACAUCUAAACAUAUUGGUGUUAAUUCAAUGAAAUUUAAAAAAGUGCAUUUAUAAAAUUUAACUGAUAUUUUGUU